AGCGCUCGUGGACACCGCAGGUGGUCGCUCUCUCUCUCGCUCUUUGUGUAGGAGCGCCCUCCCAAUCCCAGCACGAACCCGAAAGACUGCUCUUUUUCUCCUUCGUUUUUUCGAAAUUAUCUCCGCCUCUCCAUCUCCAUCUCCAUCGCUCGCUUCGCUCGGCUCGGGUGCGCGCGCGUGAUCGGAGGAGGAGGCCGCGGCCGACAAGCCCGGGGGACUCGGACGCCGAGCUCGGAGAUUCAGGCCUUUGGUUUUGACGGAUUAGUUCCGCCGUCCUGAAUCCGCGCGAAUCGGUUGAAGCUGCUCGAGGGAGGGAGGCUAGCGAGAUUGGAGGAGAUCGAAUCAGUUGUUGUGGACAAGAUGGUAUGUGGCAAUGCAUUCUUGUAGUUAAAGGUUAAUCCUCUGACAGAGACAUGACUAAACAUCGAUUCAGAGAUUCAAUAAAGUCCUUGUUCGGGAGUCAUAUUGAUUCAGAGGCAGGGGAACAGCUGAAAGGAACUAAAUCAGAAAUUGAGGCCAAGGUGAAUAGGAUCUUGAAGCUUAUCAGAGAUGAACAUCCUGAAGAAGACAACCAGGAUCCAGCUGGGGACUCUAGAAGAAGAUCGCUUGAAGAGUUAGUCAAUGAAUUCCACACAAAAUAUCAGUCCCUGUAUGAAAAAUAUGAUUCUCUCACAGCAGAGCUCAGGAAAAAGGUUAGUAGCAAACGAAGUAAAGAUGAACCUCAUUCGUCAAGCUCUGAUUCAGACUCAGACUCGGACCAUUCCUCAAAGAAAGACGGUAAAAAUGGGCAAUUAGAAAAUGAUCGGGAAAAAAUCACAGCUGACAUGAAGCAGGAACUUGAAACAGCAAAUCUAGAAGUUGCUGACUUGAAGAGGAAGUUAACAAGCAUGACAGAAGAGAGAGACAUUCUGCAGUCUGAAUGCCAAGUAGCUUUGAGCAAGGUACAAGCAGCAGAAAACAGUAUCCAGGAGAUGAACAUCAAAGCUGAAAGGUUAGAGGAGGAAAGAUCCAAGCAUUUUGCUGACAACCAGAACCUGACCGAAAAGCUGGAGAUGCUUGGUAAGGUUGAAGUAGAACAAAAACAAAGACUGGAGGACAUGACAGUUCAGAAAGAGACCUUGAUGGCAGAGAGAGAGGCUGCCUUGAAAAAGAUUGAAGAGGGAGAAAAAAUUACUGCUGACUUGAGAAAUUCGGUUGAUCAGAUGAAAGAUGAAAAAGCAGCUCUGGAGCUGGAACUAGAAUCUAUGAAAGGCCAUGUUUCAGGUAUGAAAGAGCAUCAAGAAUCAGCAGAACAGAAAAUUGCAGAUGUAAGCCACUCCCUAGAAGUCACCCUGGAAGAAAACAAGUCUCUAGCUUCUAAAGUGUCCGAACUUUUACAUGGCAUUGAGAAUGCACAGAAAAAUAUUGAAGACUUCAACAGUGAAUUGGGAGAAAUGAAGAAAACUUUGGAGGAAAAAGAAAGGGAGCUUUUGGCUUUGACAGAAGUGCAUCAAGUCCAUCAGAAUGAUGCAUCAGCUCAGAUAGAAGGCCUGAAAGCACAGAUAGCAAAUCUUGAAUUGAAACUUGAAACUGUUCAAACUGAGAAAAGGGACGUAGAAGAGCUGAUGGAAAGAAAAUCAACUGAAGCAAAACAACUGGCUGAGGAAAACAUGCGACUGACAGCCCAAGCUGCAGAAUUUGAAGAAAUGUCAAAAGCCAGAGAGGAUGAAAUAUCGGCUCUCAAGAAGAAGCUCGAGGAUAGUGAAAAGGAGUCUCUCUCUAGGACGGAGGAUUUGACCGCACAGGUGAAAACCUUGCUUCACAAUCUGGAAUCUUUACAAGCUCAAAAAGCUGAAAUGGAGGAACAGAUUGUUUCAAAAACCGAUGAAGCAUCCACCCAAAUCUCUGGGCUAAUGGAUCAGGUCAACAUAUUGCAGCAGGAACUGGGAUCUCUAGGAAACCAGAAAGCUGAACUGGAAUUGCAACUUGAGAAAAAAUCUCAAGAGCUUUCAGAAACUAUGGUUGAGACAGAAAGAUUGAAGGAGGAGUUGACAAGAAAAACUAUUGAUCAAGAAAAGAUUAUGGAGGAGAAGGAAGGUUUAGUAUGUCGGGUGAAGGACCUGGACCUGGAGACAGCUACUAUGCGCACCCAGAAGGAUGACAUGGAAGAACGAAUAAGAACUAUAGAGAAGGAGAAUGACCUGCUUAGAGAGGAAAAGGAAGAGUUGCAGAGAAAUGUUCUCGAGUUUCAGGAGACUCACGAUGCUCUUCGAGGACACAAAAAGUGAAUUAGAAUUGCAGCUUGAAACAAAGACUCGAGAUUUUUCGGAAUUCUCUACUCAAAUGGAGGGCUUGAAACAGCAGCUAGUGAGUGAUAGAGAUCAUCACCAGAAGACAAUGGAAGAGAGAGACAGCAUGACAGCCCGGAUACAGGACCUCAUGCUUGAGGUGGAUUCUCUAAUCAACCACAGAACUCAACUGGAAGAGCAGAUAAAAAGCAAAGGUAUUGAG